AUGAUGUGUGAAGUAGUGACAGGCCCUAAUGCCAUUCCAGUCUCCCUUGAGUGGGGGAACCAACUCCUCCGCACUGCGGGAAGAGCUCAUACGAGCGAUGGGCACGCGGAAGGGACACAGCCGCUUUCGGAAACGCGGCGGGAGUCUGGGUCAGCGUCGAUCCUCAAUGAAGAGACUCCGGACGCGACGACGAAUAGCAGUAGGAAGUCUGCAGAGGCAACAGAAGACGGCUAUAGGUCAGACGCGACAGAUAUUGUGCCACACUGGUGGAGGGAGACUUGCACGAAAGAGUCUCACGACCAAGGGGGAGCGUUGUGUUGUGCGGGUGCGACGGCGGUACUUCGCGUUGAGCUCGCAGGGAUUCCUUGUGAGGCUCUCUUGGACACUGGGGCUUCGAGAAGUUUGAUUGGUCCUAAAACAGUCGAACGACUGCAGCUGAAAGUGCGGAGACUUCCAAAAGAACAUAGGUCCACCAUAGCUACAGGUGCACAACUACGCAUUGAUUGGGUUGUGACGGGAUUGACGCUGUGGUGCGGACAUACACGUUUUUCCGGGGACGUUUUAGUGGGAACCGUUCCCUAUGACUUAGUCUUGGGUUUGGAUUGGCUGACGGAACACAAGGUGGCCGGGUAUUUCCAGUCUGACAAACUCCGAACCUAUGCGAAUGGCCAGUGGUGCGAGUUACCGGUCGUUCGGACUGGUGAAGCGACGCUGCGACGUGAUAGUCCCACCGUAGUCCACCCAAGGACCCCAGCAGAACAAGCAUAUGAGAUAUUGGCCAAACAAGUGGCGGGUAUGUCAGCUGAGGAGGCAGCUAUAUUCCUACACACGCCUCGAAGUAGGUAUAAGUCCCACGCGAAGACUAAGGCGAAGGCGCGGAUAACGUCGCUCGUUCGUCAGGCGGCGGCUGACACAAAGGAUCUCAGGACUCCAUUGCACGGUUUGCAUCUCAUACUGGCUUUGCCAGAAGCCGGUUCGGCCUCAACCGCCUCGGUGGCAGCGGAGAGUGACGAGGAGUCUCCCUGGCCUAUGGCAAAACUCGAGCACACUCUGUUCGACGAAAUAACUUCGCCAGAGGCGCAGGAUAUUCCAUGUGAGGUCGCCCAGGUGUUGCACGAGUAUCGAGCGGUUUUUCCCGAUACCUUACCUAAAGGAUUACCGCCGAAGCGUCUUCAUGAUCACCAUAUUAUCCUUGUGCCUGGAAAACUUCCAGCGAGAUCUGCAAUAUACCGUAUGACCCCAGGUCAGCUUACACUCCACAAACAGGAGAUACCUAAAUUAUCGGACAAUGGUUGGAUCGGACCGACCUACUCGCCUAUUUGCUCUCCUACGAUCAUGGUGGACAAACGUGAUGAUGGCUCCGGGGAGCGGAAGAUGCGUAUGGUUGUCAAUUACCAGGCUCUAAAUCCCCUUACGAUAGCCCCUGAUUUUCCACUACCUCCCAUUCAAACCGUUUUGGAGCUGCUGGGAGGCGCCAAGUAUUUUUCCACCUUGGAUCUUGAAACAGGAUUCCAUCAAAUACGUAUGGCUAAGGAGGACCGGUGGAAGACGGCUUUCCGGUCCGUUCUCGGAUUAUUCGAGUACCGCAUGAUGCCCUUCGGCCUUAAGGGUGCUCCCGCUACGUUCCAGGCCAAUAUUAUUGCCUAUCUACAACCUUUAUUGGGACAGGGCGUUAUUGCGUACCUAGAUGAUGUACUUAUCUAUAGUUCCGAUAUCUCUGGGCACGUUUCUCUCCUGCGACAAGUCCUCAGCGUUUUUCUUAGACACCAGUUCUACCCAAAAUUCCGCAAAUGCAAGUUUGCAAGGCAAACAAUCACAUAUUUGGGUUAUACUAUCACUGCUGAAGGCAUCAAACCUGCAGAAGAUAAAAUCGCAGCCGUCCGGCAUUGGCCAGAGGUGCUGGAGAACAAAACGCAAGUGCGCCAGUUCCUCGGUACCAUAAAUUACUGUCGCAUGUUCAUGGGACCGGACUAUGCAGACGUUGCCCAGCCGCUGGUUGAUCUUACGCGUAAGGACGUCAGUUUCGAAUGGACAGAGCUUCACACGCAAGCGGUGCGGCAGCUCAAACAGCGCUUAAUCGACGUCACUACAUUACAAGUCCCUGACACGACGAAACCCUUCGAGUUAUACACAGAUGCCUCUGGCUAUGCGAUCGGAGCAGUUCUCGAACAAGACGGCAAACCCAUCGGCUUCCUCAGCCAAGUCAUGAACCCCACGCAAGAGAGAUACUCGACCUACAGUCAGGAACUCUUGGCGUUGGUCAUGGCACUGGACAAGUGGUCGCAGUUGCUCCGUAUUUCCAAGGUAACGGCUUACACUGAUCAUCAAGCUCUCACUGAUCUCCAACGAGUCUAA